AUGCAACAAGUGGUAUCGAAUAUCCCAUCUCUGUUUGCUGCUUCUCGUCCUGAGCUAGAGGCGCAAGCUAGAGAAAAAGCUCACAAAGCCACUGCCGAAGUAUCAGACCUGACAACCCAUCUCUUCAACGAAUCAUCACUCGGCCUAUAUCGUAUACACGAGAACGUCCACCGCCGAGUUCCACAGCUAGUCCGUGAUAGACGAGAAUUGAAACUGAUCAAUGAUUUACUGACUAAAGCAAACAAGGAUUUGGUUGAAGCCAAGGAAAUCACAUCCUCCUUGAAGGAUAUUACGGCUUUUCACGAUUCGCGGCAACUUAUGAUGAGGAUUGUAAGGGCUUCUGAUAAGAAGGCUUCAAGAUGA